AUAUCACUUGAAGCUUCAAAAAACUCAAUUCCCUUCACUUUCUUGCAUUGAAUGCAACACACAGUCAAAACAAAGACCCAUUUUCUGGUUUGGAGCUUCCACCCCAUAGUUCUUCUUGAGAGAGAAAAGACAAAGUUCUAGUGAGCGAGAGAGGGAGGAAGUGAUGACUGGGAUGGUUAUGGUGACGAGGGGUGGUGGCUGUGGAGGGAAGAGCUCAAAAUCUGCUCUGGGUGAGGAUCAGGAUAAGCAGCUUUCUUUGUUGGAUUUUAUUCUAUCAGCUUUAAGGAAAUCCAUGGUCUCGGCUUGCCGUAUCGAUAGGCCAGACCAAGAGGUCGCCUCCGCCGUUCACCGAAUGGAAAUCGGGUGGCCCACAAAUGUGCAGCACGUAACUCAUGUUACUUUUGAUAGAUUCCAUGGUUUUUUGGGUCUUCCUGUUGAGUUUGAGGUUGAGAUUCCAUGUAAAGCUCCCAGUGCUAGUGUUAGUGUAUGUGGUGUCUCUGCCGAAUCGAUGCAGUGGUCUUAUGACAUGAGGGGCAAUAGUGUCCCAACUAUCCUGUUACUAAUGCAGGAUAAGUUAUAUGCACAAGAUGGUCUGAAGGCUGAAGGGAUUUUUCGGAUAAAUCCAGAGAAUAGCCAAGAGGAAUACGUUAGGGACCAGCUCAACCGAGGCAUUGUGCCUGAAGACAUUGAUGUCCAUUGUUUGGCAGGUUUGAUCAAAGCCUGGUUCCGAGAGCUCCCAUCUGGUGUGCUUGAUGGGCUUUCGCCAGAGCAGGUAUUGCAAUGCAAUACAGAAGAGGAAUUUAUCGAGCUGGUUAAGCAGCUAAAACCGACCGAGAGUGCUCUGCUUGGAUGGGCUAUUGAUCUAAUGGCCGAUGUUGUUGAGCAAGAAGAAUCCAACAAAAUGAAUGCAAGAAACAUUGCCAUGGUUUUUGCCCCUAACAUGACUAAGAUGUCCGACCCACUGACAGCUCUCAUGCAUGCUGUUCAAGUGAUGAACUUAUUAAAAGCACUGAUCAUGAAAAAACUACGAGAACGUGAGGAGACAGCUGGAGGAUACUCACCUGUUUCUUCUCGUUUCUUAGACAGGCAGACUUAUGUGGAAUAUUGUGGUGGUCAACAUGAGAUGGAUACAAGUUCUGGAUCGAGAGGACCAGCCUCAGAUGAUGAAGAGCCAGUUAACUAUAGCCCCAGCAGCGAAGAUAAAGAUGAAGUCGAGUCGUUGAGCGAGAUUGAAGAGUCCUUCUUAAGGCAACUGGACGAAAAUGAGAAUGCAAAAGAUGGCUUUCGGAAAAAACUUCAGAGAAUAUUGUGCAGAGACCAUCCGAGUCCCAUAAAUGGUUCUACUUUCACAGCAGAUUCUUAUUUUGUUAUACGGCCAGAAAAUAGGGAGUUGCGCCAUUAGCACGAGCUAUGAUGAAGACUAAAAUUUAAGUUGUGGUCCUUAUAGGCCGUCUUGAGAUGGAUGCAAAAGAGUACCUCCGGUUUACAAGAACUCACCAAUUACUGACCAACAACAGUUUUAGGCAGCUAGAAUGGUCUGCUUUUGAUAGAUAGUGAGUUUCAGUUGAGUGCUGAAAUGGUGAUUAUUCUCCUCGCUUUGCUCCACCAGCAAAGAUUCUAAGUUUUUACCAAUUUAGCUUUGCUAUUAACAGUAAACUGAUGAACUAGUUGGUUGCCCUUUGCCCAAUUCCUAACUGUAGUUGCUGUGCUGCUCAAAGCUGAAUCCAAUGCAAAAGAAAUUGUGCAGCACUUGGUUGAGUACUGAUACAUGCAAUGCAAUUGGCUUGGCUUUGGUUUGAGUUAAUUUCAACAAUCACUAAAAGCAGGCCUGUUUGCUUUUGUUUCUAUAAUAUGGUAA